AUGGCGACACACGGAGGAGGUCCGUUCUCUCUGAGGAGACCGCCGAGUGAUCUCUCUCUCGCCUGUUUCCAGCUCGUUCUGCGGCUGAACGCGGGUUACUUCGUCCUGUACUUCCUCUUCACUCUGGGCCUGAUCAUCAGAAAGAGCCUGGAGCUGUCCUUCCCCACACACGCUCUCGCUCUGGACCUGGCUCUGCUCUUUCUGCUGGCGCUGCUACAGAUUUCUCUUUACUUUUGUGGAGUGAAGGGCAGCCUCACGGACUCGGAGCCCCUGAGCCUCUCUCACCUGGUGCUCUGUGGGGGGUCCCUGGUGUUAGCCGUGUACUUCCUGUUGUGGCAGACCUACGUGGUGUGGGCCGACCUCCUGCUGAGCUCGGUGCUGCUGCUGCUGCUGGCGCUCAGUGGACUGAUGGGCUGCGGCACCGUGGCCCGACUUGCCAAAGUUACCUGCAGCAGACAGAGCAAAGACAAACGCCCAGCCUACGCCUCAGCCGCGCUCACGUCUCUCUCUCUCUCUCUCUCUCUGCUCCUGGACCUGACCUCACCCCGGUCCUCACUCCGGUCCUCCUCCCCUGCAGGUGUGGACCCAAACCCCGCUCUCCCUCGGACUGGGCUCUGGUCUUUCUCAGCUGCGGUGGUUCCUUCAGGAUGGCGGCUGACGCAGAAAGAACAUUUGGAUAAAGACUUGAAGCAGAAGCGAGAACUUUGA